GAUUGGCAUUUCACAGAGGCCAAGUUUGCGGAAGGGAGUCGAAGGCCAGCCAUGCUUGUCUGCUUUGAAGAGUUGAGAUGGCUGUCCUAAAGGUUGAUUUAUCACAUUUGGCUCCUGAGGAGAGAUGGAGGGUCGAACACGCCCGGAUGCACGCCAAGCACCGCGGCCACGAGGCCAUGCACGCCGAGAUGGUCCUCAUCCUGAUCGCUACCCUGGUGGUGGCUCAGCUCCUCCUGGUGCAGUGGAAGCAGAGGCACCCCCGCUCCUAUAACAUGGUGACCCUCUUCCAGAUGUGGGUCGUCCCCCUCUACUUCACAGUGAAGCUGCACUGGUGGCGGUUCCUGGUGAUCUGGGUCUUCUUCUCGGUCGUCACAGCUUUCGUCACGUUCAGAGCGACACGCAAACCUCUUGUCCAGACGACUCCCAGGUUGGUGUACAAGUGGUUUCUGCUAAUAUACAAGAUCAGCUACGCCACCGGAAUUGUGGGCUACAUGGCUGUCAUGUUCACACUCUUUGGGCUUAACCUAUUAUUCAGAAUCAAGCCAGAAGAUGGAAUGGACUUUGGGAUUUCUCUCCUCUUCUAUGGCCUCUAUUACGGAGUACUGGAGCGAGACUUUGCCGAAAUGUGUGCUGACUACAUGGCCUCCACCAUAGGGUUCUACAGCGCGUCUGGGAUGCCGACCAAGCACCUAUCGGACAGUGUCUGUGCCGUCUGCGGCCAGCAGAUCUUUGUGGACGUCAAUGAAGAAGGGAUCAUCGAGAACACGUACAGACUGUCCUGCAAUCACGUCUUCCACGAGUUCUGCAUCCGCGGCUGGUGCAUCGUUGGGAAGAAGCAGACCUGCCCCUACUGCAAAGAGAAGGUGGAUCUGAAGAGGAUGUUCAGCAACCCCUGGGAACGGCCGCACGUCAUGUACGGGCAGCUCCUCGACUGGCUCCGCUACCUGGUGGCCUGGCAGCCGGUCAUCAUCGGACUGGUCCAAGGGAUCAACUACAUCCUGGGCUUGGAGUAACCCCGCUCCUCUCCCCCCCUCCCCCGCUGGCUCCCUCC